AUGGGAAUUCAAAAGCCUGCAUGGUUGGAAGCUCUUUACACAGAGAAGUUCUUCGCGGGGUGCUCUUAUCAUGAAACUGCAAAGAAGAAUGAAAAGAACGUAUGUUGUUUGGAUUGUUGCGUUAGUAUUUGCCCUCAUUGUAUACCAUCUCAUCGCUUCCAUAGGCUCCUUCAAGUUCGUCGUUAUGUUUAUCAUGAUGUUGUCCGAUUGGAAGACCUCGAAAAGCUGAUAGAUUGCUCAAAUGUUCAGGCCUAUACUAUAAAUAGUGCUAAAGUGGUGUUCAUCAAGAAGAGACCUCAGAACAGGCAAUUCAAAGGGGCCGGAAACUAUUGUACUUCCUGUGAUAGAAGCCUUCAAGAACCUUUUAUACAUUGCUCUCUUGGCUGCAAGGUGGACUUUGUGAUGAAACAUUGCAAGGACCUUGCUCCAUACUUGAGGAGAUGCAACACAUUAACUCUUGGUCCUGACUUCUUUAUCCCUCAAGAUAUAGCAGAUGAUGAGAUGACCAAUGAGACACCUCAUUCGACAAUUGUGGACUCCGAUGAGCCAAUGAGCUGGUCUUCGAGUUCAUCGGGGUCCGAGAACAUGAGCAUGGCCAGCACUGAUAUUGUACGGAAGAAGAGAAGUGGAUUAUACGUAUGUGCUAGAUCAAUGAAUAAGGUUUCUGAUGAGGACAUGGCUUCAAGCAUGAGUAGAAGAAAAGGCAUUCCUCAUCGAUCUCCUUUAUGUUAG